GGUGUUUAAGGUGUUAAUAUAAAUAUAAAAAUGUAUUUUCCACAUAGCUGCAGGGCAUAUUGCACAUCGGCCGCUGUUUUGGGCAACAGACUCGAGCUGGGACGCCACACAGCUCAUCAACGCUUUUAAUCAGGUUGGCAGAAUUGCAAUUCCAGUGUGCCACCAACUAGACUGGAAGGGUAGGGAGAUGCUGGGCUUCACAGUGAUGGCCGAGCCUUCAGAUACAAUGUUUAUACUGACAAUGCUUCUUAGAGGCACCAUUGCAGUCACGUAGGUAAACAAUGACCACACUCAUGUUAUCUGUGGCAGAUACACAGACCUGGCCAUAGUAAAACGCACCCAGCUGGCCUAUACCCAAUCAGUUGUGGCCCAAACCUCAGCAAUACCACCCACUAUUCAGAUGGGAGAUGCUGCAUACACUAGUGCUCCUGCACCCAUGGACACAACAAUGAACAAAGGCAAGAACCCAGCUACGCCCAGCAAGGCAAGUUGGGGCCAUAGCCGCAAAGCCUCAGGCACUACAGCCAACCAGGCCAUCCAACUCAAGGCAAUGGUUAACCCACCAACUACCCAACCCAUAGCCAACCCAGUGGUAAUGAUAGUGGAUGAGAAGGACAUUAACAUGGAGAUAAAUGAUACAGCCAGUGCAGAGGAAGGGAGGGAGACUGAGGAGACCAGAAUAAACAAGAGGACCAUUGCUGACAUUGUGGGGUCUAUAGUAGACCUCAGAAGAAGCACAUGGACGGCCAUAGGCAGCUAGUGACCACCUCCCACCACCUAGAAUCUCCAAUUAAAUGGCACAAUCGACUCUUGGCAUGGGGACAGAAUGCCCAAAUAUAGUCCUCCACUCAUAUGGAAACUCAUGCCCCAGACAUGACAGUUGUCAGGCCACCACACCAGGAACAGGAUACCAUGGUUUCAGUCAACCUCAUGGCAGCUCCAACAUGGCACUAUCCCCAACCCAGUAUAAACAGCAAGAGUUGACUAUGGAAGCCCUGUGUUGGACUAUUGGAUUUGUGACAUCAAUUGGGGUCGUGGCACGUGAUAAUUGCG